AUGCAGAAAAUCCCUUAUGUAUCUGCAGUAGGGAGUUUGAUGUAUGCACAAGUUUGUACUCGACCAGAUUUGGUAUACAUUGUCGGAAUAUUGGGCAGAUAUCUGAGUAACCCUGGUAUGGAUCAUUGGAUAGCAGUCAAGCGGGUUAUGCGGUAUUUAAAAAGAACUAAAGACUUCAUGCUCACAUAUAAGAAAUCGGACCAACUGGAGAUCGUUGGAUAUUCAGACUCGGAUUUUGCUAGAUGCCAAGACAGUCGGAGAUCCACUUCAGGUUAUAUCUUCAUGCUUGCUGGAGGAGCAAUCUCAUGGAAGAGUGUUAAACAAACACUCAUAGCUUCCUCUACUAUGGCCGCUAAUUUAUAG